AGUAGCGCAUGCGCCCUGUACAGCAGAGACGCUACCAUGGAGGAAUCUAACAUGGAGGUGUUCGUGAGUUCUCCGAGCUUCAGGUUCUCUACCUGGAUGUUUCCGGACAGAUGUUCAGUCCGAGACGUUCUGAGACGGUUCGUCCAGCAGCAGGGAGUUUCUUCUUCUUCAGAUUUCUACGUCAUCAGAAAUGGUCGACGGUCACAGCUGGACGAUCCUCUGCAGCAGGGAGCCAUCUAUCACCUGGAGCCCCGCCUCUGUGGAGGGAAAGGGGGGUUUGGCUCCAUGCUGCGAGCUCUGGGCGCUCAGAUUGAGAAGACGACAAACCGUGAGGCCUGCAGAGACCUGAGUGGUCGACGCCUCCGAGACGUCAACCACGAGAAAGAGAUGGCAGAGUGGUUGAAGAAGCAGGCGGAGCGCGAGGCGGAGAAGGAGCAGCGUCGUUUGGAGCGUCUGCAGAGAAAACUGUCUGAACCCAAACACCAGUUCUCUGAUCCCGAGUACCAGCAGCAGUGUCACGACCUGUCGGAGAGACUCGAGGACUCGGUCAUCAAAGGCCUGCAGGCGUCCUCCAGCAGUCAGGUGAAGGUGGACGACGUCUCAGCAGCAAAGAGACCAAACUGUGAUCAGAGCGAGCAGUCGCACAAGAAGAAGAGGAAGACGACGGCGUCAGCAGCGGCGUCAGUGUGUUUCUGGACGGGACUGGGCGAGAUGCUGAGCUCAGAGGACGAAGACGACGACGCUGACGAUGAGGAGGAGGGAGGAGAGUCUUCAUCCAUGUCCUCCUCUAGCUACGCUGCUGCUGUUACCAUGACAACACAGACAGAGGAGUCUGAGCAGAGCAGCAGCUCGUCUACUGCCUCCGACCGCAGCUCCUCCGUCACACCUGGACAGAGCUCCGCCGCACCUGGACAGAGCUCCGCCGCACCUGGACAGAGCUCCACCGCACCUGGACAGAGCUCCGCCGCACCUGGACAGAGCUCCGCCGCACCUGCAGAGGAGCAGAAACCAUCUGAGGAGUCCAGCUGUUGCUCUCAGCGGAAGGGCCAGUCUCCGGUGGAUCUGUCCUCAGUGUCCUCUGUGGCUCAGCUGGAGUCUCUGGGUCUGGACGUCCUGAAGGAGGAACUGAUGUCUCGAGGUUUGAAAUGCGGGGGAACACUGACGGAGCGUGCUGCCCGGCUUUUCUCCAUCAGAGGGCUGACUCGAGAUCAGAUUGACCCGACGCUACUCGCCAAACCGGCCAAGACAAAAAGGAAGUGACGAGAUCACAGCAGAGCCGAAUUAAAGGAGCAGUCCAGCUUUUUCCAUCUUACUCAAAAGUCCUCGUUACUGUUCGUCGUCAGUCAGUCGAGUUUCUGUAUUUGAGCUUUUUUUGUGUUUUUAAACCGUUUUGAGUUCUGUUCACAGAACUCAGGUAGAUGUUAACGUGGGGUUUAAUAGCUUUUAUAAUUUUGAGCUUCACUCUGCAGACGGAUCUUUUCUUAAUUGUUUUGUCUGAUUGGACUGAACUUUAUUAGCAGCAAAGACAAAAACACUGUUGGUUUAUGAAUUCGUCCAAUCAGAAGGCAGGAUUACUGUAUUAGUUUGAUCAGCAGCUGUGACUUGUGUAAAAAUCUCAUUCACUUGUUAAUCAGCUUCAAGUUUCUUUUGUUUAUGAAAGUUUCUUUUUAUUAAAUUGUUUCUGAAACAAAAAA